CGCCGACUUUUCUACGGGAAACUCGUCCCGAAGCCGAGGGCGUGAUCUUCCCCAAGCUAAGUGCAAGGGCAUGAGUGCACUGUUCCUUGUCUAUCUUUAAUUUCAUAUUUACUACCAUCCGUCAUGUUGAGCCGUGCUGUGCUGCCUCUUGCCAGGCGCAACGUCCUCGCGUCGACCGUCCGAGUGUCCGCUCUGUCCGCUCAGCGACCCCGGUGGUACGCAAAGGGCAAGGACAGCACUCCGUAUACACUCCCGGAGUCGCUGCAGGCAAAAGAGCCUCAGUCAAAGAAGCCCAAGGCUGCGAAGAAUCAGACUCCUGCAGAGCAACCCGAGUCUAAAUCACAGGCCAAGCCUGAGACCGAAGCCGCCGAGUCUCCCAUCGCUCCUGAAGCGGAACAGAUCCCCCAGAAGCCCCUCCCCGACCUGACCCAGGGUAUCCCGUCGACGUUGGCCGCAGAGCUCGAAGCACGCCAGAGGAAGGGACCUCUGAACAUCACAGAGGAUCACACCCGAACGGAAGAUUACAGCGAGGAUGGCGCUGGCCGUAGUGGUGGUGAUAUUCCCAAGGGCGGAUACGAGACCUCUCUUGACCGCCGCAAGGCCCGUAUGGCCAACAUUAUGUACGCCGUGAUGCUGGCUGCUGGUAUUGCGGGCAUGGGUUACCUGGGCCGCAAUUGGGAGACCGAGGAGGAAGAGCGUGCUCAUACAGCAACACCAUCCGGCUGGAGCCCCGGCCUUUGGUGGGGUCGUAUCAAGGCCCGUACGGGCGACCUCACCAGCUACUACAAGGAUCCCGCGUUCCCUAAGUUGCUCCCCGAUGAGGACCCCAACAUGCGCCAGCCUUACACCCUGGUUCUCUCUUUGGAGGAUCUCCUCGUUCACAGCGAGUGGAGCCGCGAGCACGGAUGGCGUGUUGCGAAGCGUCCUGGUGUCGACUACUUCCUCCGCUACCUGAAUCAGUACUACGAGCUCGUUCUGUUCACCAGUGUUCCCAGUAUGAUGGCCGACCAGGUUCUCCGGAAACUCGAUCCUUACCGCAUCAUCCGCUGGCCCCUCUUCCGUGAGGCUACUCGCUACAAGGACGGCGAGUACAUCAAGGAUCUGUCUUAUCUGAACCGUGACCUAUCCAAGGUCAUUCUGAUUGACACCAAGGAGGAGCACGCCCGCCUGCAGCCCGAGAACGCCAUCAUUCUGGACAAGUGGACCGGUGAUGCUCAGGACAAGACACUUGUUGCCCUGAUCCCGUUCCUGGAGUACCUUGCCGGUAUGGGCGUAGAGGAUGUUCGCCCCGUCCUCAAGUCGUUCGAGGGUACCAGCAUCCCCGUGGAGUUCACCAAGCGUGAGAAAGCCAUGCGUGAGCGCUUCGAAAAGGAGCUCGCCGAAGAGCAGAAGAAGAAGCCCUCCAUUGGCAUGGGCAGCCUUGCCUCCGCUCUUGGCCUGAAGUCCAGCCGUGCAAUUGAUGGCGAGCAGUCGCCUUCGGAGGGUCUCGCUCAGGGCAAGAUGCUCUGGGAUCAGAUCCGCGAGCGUGGUCAGAAGAACUACGAGAUGAUUGACCGUGAGAUCCGCGAGAACGGCGAGAAGUGGCUGGCCGAAAUGGCCGCCGAAGAGGAGAAGGCUCGUCAGGAGCAGAUGAACAGCAUGAAGGGCUCUUUCACCGGUAUCUUCGGGAUGGGUUCUAGCAAGGAGUAAACCUCUUGCCCCCUUCAAUCACCUGCGGCAGACUUCUUAUACUCUCGAAUCUUCCGCUCUUUUUAUUUCCUUCCCGACUCAUCAUCUCUGGGGUUUGUUUUUGUCAUUGGCGGGCAAGGGGCAGGUCAUUUAGAUGGUUUUCUUGGGGUUCGUUCUGAGCAUUCCCUCAUCUUUGGAACGAUUGUAAAAUAGCGCUUUGGGGAGUCUGAUUCUUUCUCUUGUUUCUUGAUUCUCCAUGUACAAAAUUUGGUUCAAAUGCACUAAUAUGACAAAAAGAAACUUGAGACUCUGAUAGACUGAUAUUAUCCUUUAUUUGCACGGUCCAAGUUGAAAGUGGACCUUUUGGGUAUAUAUACUGCGAGAAAAUGGGCCAUCUAAAGUACACCCCCCCUGCCUGCCCUUGUAGACGCGAAACAAACUCUAAACAGACUCAGGAGUAUGAACAAGCCCGUGGAAACCAAAAAAAAGUGCAACGUUAAGUACAUGUUCUCUCAUCCCUCGUGCAGAUUGACAUCCUGGAAUACGGAAACAUCCCAGAUACCUGUCAUAUCGAAGGGGAAACCAUCCAUUGUGCCGAACGUAUUCGAAAUAGACAUCAUAUCAUCCACAAUAUCGUUAUUGGUUUGUGUCUCGGGCAGUGAAAUCGCAGCUGGGUUGACCAGUCCAUUAUCAGUCAUUGCCGCUGCAGUAAGCGGCUGGUCGAUGGAGGCACCGGUACCAGGGAGUCGGUGCAUGAUUCGUUCGCAGUGAUCCAGACACAUGUCAGCUACAUCCCAGUCUUCCUCUUCACGAACGCGUCGUAAAACGUUGCGCAGGGUUUCCACGUUGGCAAGACAGGACCGGGCUACUUCGGUGUCGUUCGUUUCGAGGGCGCAGCGGACCAGGAGGGUGGCCGUGGACGUUAAGUGGAAGGCGCUG